CCUGCAUUCGACCAUUCGACCCGUCCCCGUCCUCCGAUUCUGACGUUUUACGCUUGUUUUUUUUUUUAACUCGAAGACGCAACGAUCGUUGCUCGGCGUAGUUGUGAUUCGGAGCAAAUUUUUAAGUACCUCUUGAUGAAAUUACGUAUACCUUAAGAUGAUGGUACGUGGAUAAACUCUGUACGGAUUUCCCAGCGAAACGAGACUUUUUCUUUCACGACUCGAACUCUCGCAGCUUUACGGCGUACUGCAUCUUCUCCCUCCUCCAAAUCGCCGUUGAAGUAAAUUUAAACUUCGCUGUUUUAUCCAAUUUUCGCACAAUGACGGAUGAUGGCGAAAAGGAAAAGCACAUGAAACAAUUGAAGCGCAAGAUGGAAUGCUGGCGAGAAAUAAUAUUGCCUUUGAAUUCUAUUCUGCUAUGGGAACGUAGCUGGCACCCUGGACUGAUUGUUGGACUUGUAACAAUGAUAUUCUGUAUCAUAUGGAUUCUAGAACCAACUCUACUGACAAUGAUAUCUAUAUGUCUGUUGAUAUUUGCUCUUGUUGAUUAUCUUGUACCAAUUUUGACCUCCAUCUUAUGCAAUGCACAAAGUUGGACUGGACAAAAAGAAAAGAAACUGAUUGAGGUCUGUCAAACUCUCUCGACUACAAUACUACAAAUACAAGGCGUAUGGGCGUCCAUCUCGAAAAUUCGACAUGAUCGCCCUAACAUCUACUACAGCGCAACAAUCCUCUGUCUUAUUCUCGUUGCAUGGAUUGGUAACGCAGUCAAUAAUUUACUUCUACUUUACAUCAUAGUGAAUGCAACUCUUCUCACUCCAGGAUUCAAACACAAAGGACGAGCGCGUUGGGCUGUGAGAUAUGCAUACAAUCAUUUAAUUCGUCGCCAUUUAUCAUAAUCAUUUAUUUCUAUAUGCGCCAUCAAAACUCUUCAUUCUGCAUACAUUCUGCCUUUAAUCUACCCUCGAUACUAAAUUUAUUCAUAUUACAUUCAUAUUACAUCAUGAAACAUUUUACGAAUUUACAUGUAUAUCUCGUGUACUAAUUUCAUUCUAUAAAGAAUAAUCAAAGUUCUCCACUUUCUAACCAAGUAAAAGAGAUCGAUAUAAUCUAGUACAUUAAAAAAUACAAUUACACUUUAUCAUUCUAAUUAUAAGGAUUAAUCUCUUAGUUGAUCUGUGAUUUUGUAUCUCGCAUAAUAGAGUUAUAAUCAUAAGUCUAUCGUAUUUGUUUCGUCACUUGUGUGUGAGAAUUAAUAAAAAAAGACUUAACCUUCACCAAA